AUGCAGAUCUUUGUACGUACUCUCGAUGAUCGAACAUUAACGUUAAAUGUUCAACAUGAUGAUACUAUCAAUGAUGUUAAGGAACUUGUUGAACAACGUGAAGGUAUUCCGGCCGAUGAGCAACGCUUAACAUUAGGUGGCAUUUCAUUAAAUGACGAAUUAACACUUGAUGAAUGUCGUGUUGAAGAGGAAAGUACACUAUACGUUUUGCUUGACCUUGAAGGUGGUGGUAAAAAACGAAAGAAGAAAUCGUAUAAUACACCAAAGAAAAAUAAACACAAACGAAAGAAAGUUAAAUUGGCUGUACUUAAAUAUUAUAAAGUUGAAGAUACCGGCAAAAUUCGUCGUCUACGCCGUGAAUGUCCAUCAAAACAAUGCGGUGCUGGUGUAUUUAUGGCGGGACAUGCUGAUCGCAACUAUUGCGGCAAAUGUUGCGUUACAUACAUGUUCAAAAAACGUGAAGAUGAAGAAUAA